GAGAGCCGGCGCCAUGACCGCUUCAGGGCUGGUGGGCUUGCUUGGCCGCACCACUGCCACCGCAUGGAGAGCUGCAAGAUCACCAAUUCUGUGUCAGUCUUUGAGGAAAAUGAGUUCUUCUCAAGAAGGGAAGUCUGAAUCUGUCAAACAACCCCUUAGGAAGCCAAAGUUACCAGUAGGUCGUUUUGAUGCACCAGAGGAUUCCCAUUUAGAGAAAGAACCACUGAAAAAAUUUCCAGAUGAUGUUAAUCCAGUUACCAAAGAAAAAGGUGGACCUAGAGGCCCAGAACCUACCAGAUAUGGAGAUUGGGAACGAAAAGGACGUUGUAUUGAUUUUUAAGUCACAUAUUUAACUUCAAAGGACACUGUAUUGAUUUUUUAAAGUUACAUUCUUUAACUUCAGUAUCAUUUUUGAAUAUAUAUAUCUGAAUUACUUAUUUC